CAAAAACAACUUAGAGUUUUGAUCAAACAUCAUUGCUGCGAUAGUUGAUAUCAAAAACAAGCUAAACCAAUAGGAGGAUAUUGUGUAUAGAAAAAGAUGGUGGUGGUAGAGAAGGGAUCUUUGAAUACCGAGAGUGCAUCACUGAUACAUUCAAAUUUUGAAAAAACAAACUCUGUAUAUUAUAAUAAUGUGGCUGAUGAUUUUGAUCAUCAUGGAAAACAUACAAUUGAUGAUGAUCCAACCUAUUCAUCAAUGGAAGAAGAACAUGUGAAUACUAAUUGUUGGAGCAAAACUAAGAAGGUGUUUAAUUGGUUUGGUCAAUCUCAAUUAUUGGCUCAUAUUCUGUUAUUUACUACAUUGAUUACAUUUGGUGGAUAUGUUGUGUUGAUUCCACAUUCUAUAGCAAUUAUGCAUCCGACUACAUUUGCAUUAUUUAGAUCUUUGUUAAUUGUCAUUGGUUUGUUUCCAGUGACAGUUAUUAAGGAUUCAGCAUUUUCGUUUCGUUCAGAGAAAGUUCUGGAGAGGAAAUUGUCAAAAUUUGGAGGUAUUGGAAUUUUGAAACGUAUUUACAGAUAUAUUUUAAGAAAGACUCCAAAUUGGAGACAAGCAAAGCAGAUUUUCGUAUUGGGAUUGUUUAUUAAUCUGAAUCAAAUUCUCUUCUUUAUGGGAUUGAGAUGGACAAAUUCAACUAUUGCAGGUAUUAUGCAGCCAUUGGUGGCUAUCAUUACUUGUAUCAUGUCUGUUAUUUUGAAGAGAGAGGGUAGAUCAAUAUUGAAAUUUUUUGGAGUUUUCUUAGCUGUCGGAGGGGCUGUGGCCAUGUUGGUAGUUUCCACAUUGUUCAAUCCUAAAAAGAAGGAUGUAAUUGAUGAUGCAGAUAGCAGUACAGCAAGUGCCAUCGACAAUUUCAUUAACACCUUUUCGUUCACUAUUGGUAUGCUCUUUUUAUGUGUGAAUAUGUUUUUCUAUGCCUUGUACUUGAUUAAUUUCAAAAAGACAUUUGAAAAGGAAAAGAUUCCUGUAUUGACACUUGCUUUAUGGACUUGGACAAUUGGUAGUUUAGUUCCUCUGCUUCCUUCAGUUUACUUCUUGACUGCUGAUUAUGGUUAUUCACCAAUUCAAAUUGUGUUGAGAAUGGACGUGAUGGCAUAUGCGGGAAUUUUAUAUGGUGGAUUGGUUCAUGGAACUCUCUUCUUUGUUUUGAACUCUAAAGCUUCAAGUUUAACAACUCCAACCAUUAUUGGAGUUUACUCAACUCUGAAUCCAAUUGUUACAAGUUUGAUGGCCUUUUUCAUCUUGGGAGAACGUGUCACUCCAUUAGUUGUUCCAGGAGCUGCCUUAAUUCUCAUCGGUGUUGCUGUUGUCAUUACAGCCAAAUGGAGAGAAGGCAAACAGAAAGAUGCUCAAUCCAAGACAAGAAGAGAAUAUCUAUCCUCUUGUUGGGACUUUAUUAGUGGAUUAUGUGGCAGAAGUUGGAGUGGUUCUGAAUAUGAUUUAGUUGAAGUAACUGUGUAAAAUAAUAUUAUUGGAUUGAAUU